AAUGCACCAGAAGGACUAUGGAAACCCCUGUCGCAUAGUGACCGAUAGAGGAACUGCCUUUACUGGAAAGGAGUUUACCGAAUACUGUGAUGAAGAGGGAAUCGAGCAUAUCAAGGUAACAACCGGAGUACCUCGGGGAAAUGGCCAAGUAGAGAGGAUUCAUCGGGUCAUCAUAUCAGUUCUGGCAAAGAUGUGCAUUGAAGAGCCUGGUCACUGGUACAAAUAUGUCAGUAAGGUACAGCGGGCAAUCAAUAGUACACAUCAGAGAUCCAUUAACACAUCACCCUUCGAGUUGCUAACUGGCACAACAUUAAAACUCAAAGAAGAACUUAAACUAGUGGAACUAUUGGAAGAAGAAAGUAGAAACGAGUUCAUUGAAAAUAGAGAAGAGUUGAGGCAGCAAGCUAAGGCACAGCUAUUAAAAAUUCAGGAAGAGAACCGCAAGACCUACAAUAAAACCAGAGUAGCAGGGCAACCCUACAAAGAGGGUGACCUGGUAGCCAUUCAGCGAACACAAUUUGGUAAUGCCUUAAAAUUGAAACAAAAGUUCUUUGGUCCAUACCGAAUUAUAAAGGAAUUGGGAAGAGACAGGUAUGAGGUGACAAAAGUGGAUAAUAGCUCAGAGGGACCAAAGAAGACUACAACCGCUGUGGAUCAUAUGAAACGGUGGGCUUAGUGCAACAGUACCAGUCAAUAAGUGUUGGCGGUAAAGGGUGUGACUG